AUGAAUAGCAUCCAAGACUUGCAGCAAGGAAACAAGCAGCUAGCAGUGCAGAAUAACAAGCUGCAGAGGACUAUUGAGACUGCAGAAGAGCUGAAUUCAAGACUCUCUGAGGAAAUCUCUGAGCUGAAAGGGAAACUACGGAGCACCCAACAAGCCCUAGAGCAAGCUAGAGCUGUGGCAAAUGAAUUAGAAGAUCUGAAGGUUUUUUCAAAAACUCUAGAAGAGGAAAAUAAUAGACUGCAUGCACAAACUCGACAGCUAGAAAAAGAACAUCAGUUGCUAUCUGUUCAAGUGGAUAAUCUGCAGGAAGAGAACAAGAAAUUACUUACAGAAAAAGAAAAUACUAAGCGUAAAAUCAAGGAGCUAUUUACAAAGAAAGCCAGUUUGAAGUCCAAAAUAUGCGAGUAUGAAAAACUUAUCUCCUGUAAGGGUGCUGCUCUUAAUGAGAAAACAAAACAAAUCGAAGAGUUGACAGUGGUCCUUGAUGAAUACCGAACAGUAGUUGAGGAAUUGAGACUGGAAGUCCGCAGACUUCAAGACCACUUGUGUCAGUCUUAUCAACAUCCAGAUACGCAGCCAAAUGAUUCCCUACAAAACAUGAAGACUAGCUUACAGGUUCCUGUACAGCCACUCUGUAUGGAGAUUGAAGAAUCACAGAAAGAGUUUAGUGAUGGUGAGGCCAUGCCUAGCCCUUUCUGUGGGGUGUUGCCAUCUUUCAAGAACCCUCCAGUGCCUUUGGACAACAUCAGAUCCUUGGCAGAGGAAAUAGUACCGGUGACGUUUUCUACCUUUCAAGAAGUCACAGUACCCACCUCAACAAAACUAAGUUCUGAAGCUGCCUUUCAAGAACAAGCUUUACUCCCAGUGUGUGGUGAGCUAAUGGCUGCUGUUGAGGAGAAGCCAGAUGGGACUUUAUUUGAAAUCCUAUUUCAAUGGUUCUGUGAUGUCCCCUUAGGCCACUUGAUAUUAUACAUCUUGCAGAAAUGGAUGCUUCCGGGACUCCUCACGUGUGGUUCCUUGCUGGCCAUAUUCUUCUUAGUUCUUCCUUAUGACCAACAUCCUGUCUGGGUUGAACCCAAGGGAGCAAAUCCUUGGCCACAGUUACAGUUACGGUACUUACGGCCACCACCUAUGUAAUAUCAUCUCCUUUCUCAAUUUGUGGA